AUGCAGGUACCAUUGCUCCGUCUUCAGUGUGGUGUCAACAGCUAUGACUGGGGCAAGAUUGGCCAUGAGUCGGCUGCCGCAAAGUAUGCUGCCAUCACUGCAGGCUCCGAUUUCUCCAUAGAAGCAGAGAAGCCCUACGCAGAGUUGUGGAUGGGCACCCAUCCUUCCCUUCCCUCCAAAGAUGUCGAAACCCAGCGAACACUCCUCGAUAUGGUCCAAGAUAACCAGGCAUUGAUCUCCCAGGAAGUGAGCGAGCGAUAUGGAGGAAAACUGCCUUUCCUUUUCAAGGUCCUUUCUAUUCAAAAGGCUCUCAGUAUCCAAGCCCAUCCGAAUAAGAAACUGGCCGAAAAGCUUCAUGCCCGGGACGCCCGAAACUAUCCAGAUGAUAAUCACAAACCCGAAAUGACGAUUGCGAUCACCCCGUUUGAAGGACUGUGCGGCUUCCGACCACUGGCCGAAAUCGUUCACUUCCUUAACGCAGUCGCUCCUCUCCGCGAGCUUGUCGGCACGCAAGCAGCGAAUCAAUUCGAGAGUGUUGUCAAGGGCUCCGAAGACUCGCAAGAUUUUGCCCAGAUGGCGAAGAACAAGGACGCGCUACGUUCCUUAUUCACAUCGCUAAUGAACUCAUCACCGGAAAGCAUUGAGGCAGCCACCCAAAAGCUGAUCUCCGCGGCUCAGGAUUCUCCUGAUACAUUUGCUACUUCUACCAGCACCCCAGAGACGAAUCCGAGCAACCCUGCCGAAUUGGCUGCCAUCAUCGCUCGGCUUAACGGGCAAUUCCCUAACGACAUUGGGCUAUUCGUAUUCUUCUUCCUGAAUUUUGUUAAGCUGGCACCAGGCGAAGCCAUGUUCUUGAAGGCUGACGACAUCCAUGCAUACAUCUCUGGAGAUAUUAUUGAAUGCAUGGCGUCGUCUGACAACGUUGUGCGGGCGGGCUUCACUCCCAAGUUCAAGGAUGUUGAUACACUCACCGAAAUGCUGACAUACUCCUAUGCGCCAAUUGAGGAGCAAAAGCUGGAGCCGACCGAUUACCCAUAUGCCGUUCUCAAUGCCUCCGCCUACUCUAGUGGCUCAUCGUCUGUUCUCUAUGACCCUCCGAUUGAAGAAUUUAGUGUUGUCAAGACGGAUCUAAAGAGGACUGGGGCCAAAGCAACCUUCGACGCACUGGUGGGCCCAAGCAUCCUGAUAUGCACAGGUGGAACUGGGAAGAUUACGGUUGGCCACAAGACUGAGGAAGUGAAGGAAGGCUAUGUCUUCUUUGUGGGAGCCAACGCCGAGUGUAUCGUCGAGAGUACGGGCAGUGGAGAGGAGAAUGUGUUCACCACAUACAAGGCAUUCUGUGAUCUGACGGGCAAGGAGGAUAUGGUGAACGGAAACUAG